AUGACCCGAUUACAAUUGGCAAGAUCUAUAGCUCGCCCUCUCUCCAUCACAUCUACUCCAACGAUCCCACCGCAAGCCCGCAGAAUAACAGAAAACCGAUUCGAGCAUCAGAAGCGACAUGGUUCCUCCAAAGCGGCCAAGAAUACAGCACCCAAUGCGCACCCAGCUUCGCUCGCCGAUGUAAAGCCAAACAACCUAGUCGACUAUGCCCUCACGACGCUGGAUAAGAUAGCCAAUUGGAGCCGAAUCGGCUCCCUCUGGCCACUGAGCUUUGGCCUCGCCUGUUGCAGUCUCGAAAUGAUGCACGUUUCGAUGCCACGCUACGACCAAGACCGUCUGGGCAUCAUCUUCCGCGCGUCUCCGAGACAGGCAGAUGUCAUGAUAGUCGCAGGGACAGUCACAAAUAAGAUGGCCCCUGCAUUGCGACAAGUCUACGAUCAGAUGCCUGAGCCACGUUGGGUCAUCAGCAUGGGAUCUUGUGCUAACGGAGGAGGGUACUAUUACUACAGCUAUAGCAUCGUUAGGGGAGUUGAUCGUAUUGUUCCGGUCGAUAUCUAUGUUCCUGGCUGCCCACCGACUGCUGAGGCUUUGAUGUAUGGGGUAUUUCAGCUGCAGAGGAAGAUCAGGAGUCAAAGAGCUUCGAGGAUGUGGUAUCGAAAGAAGUAG